UUACACUUGGCACAAUGCAAUCAGACAAGUACCGUUCUCCUGGCAACUGCCAAACCCAGACAAAUGUCCAUCGGAUUGCCAGACAGAGAAGCGUGAUUCAUCACUCCAGAGAACACGUCUCCACUGCUUUAGUGUUCACUGGCGGCGUGCUGAGUUGCUGUUGUUCCCAGUUGCUUCUACUUUGUUAUAAUAUCACUAACAGUUGACCGUAGAAUAUUUAGUAGCAAGGAAAUUUCACGGAUGGACUUAUUGCACAGGUGGCAACCUAUCUCAGUACCACACCUGAAUUUACUGAGCUCCUGAGAGUGACCCAUUCUUUCACAAAUGUUUGUAGAAGCAGUCUGCAUGCCUAG